GUUUGCAGGAGUGUGUGUGUGCGUGUGUCUGUGUGUGUGUGCGUGUGUCUGUGUGUAUGCGUCUGUUCGAGGGACGUCCCGCAUUAGUCUGGGUCUGGCUUUCGUCGAGGUCCCUUUCCUUUGCAGCGGCUUCGUGACAGCAAGCGGCUUUGGCUGCCUCCCUCGACGCCAGCAGCACCCAUCGCCACCGCUCUCACCCACACCAUGACCCAGAGCACGGGGAUCAGGGUAGUAGUCACCCUCACGUGUUUCUCGUGGCUCCUGACGGCUCUGCUGCACACAGGCGGCAUUUGUGCGGCCAACGCCACCACGACGACCGGGCGAACCCCAGGCGCCGAAAACUCCACGGCGGCAGCGGCAGGGCCGCAGAGUCCCAGCGACGCGGCGAAGCCAGGCGGCGGCGGCAGCUCCGGCGAUGGUCCGACGCCGGAGAGCGCGUCCACUCCGCCACCGCCGCCCACCGCGGAGAAGCGGAGCAGAGUGGCCAUCCCUCUCUCCUUCGUCAUCGAGAAUCGCAACUUCACGGCAGAGCUGGACAACCCGAUGUCCGAUGCCUUUCGGUCGCUGGAGAGAAUCGUGACGUUCCAGCUGGACCAAGUUUUCAAAAAUUCUACGUUGAAAGAUUCGUACAUAACCAGCGUGGUGCGCCGGUUCUGGCGCGGCUCCGUGGGGGUGACGUCCGACCUGCUGUUCGACACUCUGCUCGGGGGAGCCCACCCGGACGCCGUGUCGGACGCGUUCCUGCGCGGCACCCACGGCGGCACGCGGCUCGGCGAGCUCGGCGUGAGCGGCCCCAUCGUGCCCGGAGUCACGAACGAGUUCCCCUCCUGGUCCAUCGCCCUCCUGGCCCUAACCAGCACCAUCCUCCUGCUCAACGUCAUCGUCCUGCUGGCGUGUGCGGUGUGGUGCUGCCGGAGAGGCUGCGCGGCCCCGUACGGCGACGGUGGCGGCACCACAGAGCUCUACUACACCGGCGAGACGGCGUCUUCCUACCCGCUGUACGACACGCACGGCACGCUCAACCAGUCCAAGGCGGUGCUCAGCCCCUACGUCGAGAAUUCAGGAAUGACAUUCACCAACAAAGGGAUGGAAUCGCCGAUGUGAUUCUGGAUCCGGGAUGCCUGCCGAUUCCGCUGGUAAAAAUCGGCCACCGUUCGCUACGUCACAGCUCCCGCCAGCGAGAGGCUCACAAGCCACACCACAAGCGUCGCAGCAAACCUCAACGCCGCAGCCAUCCCCGUUAACAUGACGCACAAAUCAAAGCCCGGUUACCAAGCGAAUGUGACCAGCGAAUGUGACCAGCGGCGCUGCGAGGCAAAACAAAACAAAAAUCGGCAUUGGCAAAGCUUAGGGCCCUGAAGCAGCUAAGGGGAGCCCCGGAUUCAUAAUUUUGUACAUGGUUGCUUGAAAUAUAUCGGCUCAAAUUCAAAACUUAACAUAACACGCCAAUUUCUAUAAGGUCAAUUAAGAUCUCAUCUUUAAACUUGCCUGUAUCUAUGUUCUUUCAUCUCGAUAUUUUUUCAUGUCUAGAUCUCUUCCGUCAUCUCGCUAGGAGUUUUAAAAUGGAAAGGCGAGGGGGCUUUAAAUGAAAAAAAAUGCUUAAGAGUCCCCCCAAUGAACAGCACCACCAAUGAAUGAUGUAACAGAUGAAUUUACACCACCUUCCUCCAACGUUGUCUAUUCUGUUGAAGCAAUAACAGCAGGCAUCCCACGCGUAACGUGCGAAUUUGCAGUUUCGCGGUUGAUCUUUUAGGGGCACAUAAACUUCGCACUUCCGCGAUGUUUCACAGUUAAGCGCUGGAGAGAAAAAACCCGAAAAAAUUGUAAAACUACAGUUUUCUAAUUAAAAAUAUAUUGUCAAUUAUAACAAAAAAUAAAUCCCGAUGGCAUCACGGUGCCCACCGUGAUGCCAUCUGAGUAGAAGCAGCAGCAGCAGCCGCCCACUGAAGUGUUCAAGAAGCCCUGAAGUUACUCAUUAACUAAUCAUUGCAAGUAGUAAUCUUUUUCAUCUCAUCAUUUGUUAUUAAACUGCUUUUUAAAGUAUUUUUUGUAACGGUAAUAUGAUUUAGCAUUACAUUUAUACGUAUUUUGUAAAUCCAGGGCUAGAAUAAUUUAAUGAAAUAGUUUAAUUUUCUUUGGUAAAGCACCCCCCCCCCCACCUCCCCCCCUUAUACGUCUAUGUGAAAACAAACUUCAAAAAGCAUGAUUCGACUUGCACACUGUUGGUCAGGAGCACAUGCCACGCGUUAUGCAACAAUACGCCUGUAAUAUUAAACAUACUACGCCCGUAUUGUUUUGCUCUUUUAAGAUGCAACAGUAUGAAUAUAGUGGGAAACCGAAUUUGAAUGUUUGUUGUGUGUGUCUGUGUACAGUCAUUGGUGACCAGGCUGAGUGUAUCAGCUUGUAUCAUCGCACUUACGAGCCCGGUUAACAUCGCGAAACACCAAAAAAACCCAGACCUGAACCCAGCAUCUCAGCAAUGCCGGCUGAGUGCUGGCCGACACGGUCAUUGCGAACACCACGAACCAUCCAGCCACCAUGAGAAUUGUUCAUCCUGAAAACUAAACACGUACCGCGCUCUCGGGGAGGGGGCCGGCAGUGAUGGCAACGAAGCUGCAGCUCGUUUGCCGCUCGUUGCGAAGGUUUGCAGUUGAAGGCCAGCGGGCCUCCCUGAUUAAUUGCUGAAAAGUGGGCGGUGUACAAACAAUAGACGCACGGCAUCGCGGUUGACGUUCAUAAUGUCGUGACGCUAUUAGGCAAAAGAGCAGGCCAUGUGGUGCUGUCGUCGCGGUCCAAAUUGCAUUUCGAACUUCAUCACAAAUUACUUAAUUGCAUAAGUAAUGUCACCUCCCCCGCCCACCCCCCCACUAUUGUGAAACUACUACAGACUAUCGUCAUUUGUGAAGAGCCAUGGCGUAUUUGUGAUAGCCGUGGCGUCAUAAGAAUGGCACGAAUACCAAAUUAUUUGAUUUUAUUUGACGUCAAAUUGAAAAAAAAUUCCAUUAACGCGAAUAAAUAGAAUUUCACCGGCGUCCAGUUCAAAACGUUGGUGUCACUUCGUGGCGCGUUUCCACUCUUCCAAGCUCCCCUCUUCUCCGCAACGUUGGAGCGCCCACCCCCGGUAGCUCGUACGCCUCGGGGAGUUGCCAACGGCGUGGGUGAACAUCGUCUUCAAACCAGAGCGAGGUUGAGCGGCAGGGUCGUGGUGUGUGACGGGGUAGAGCGGUGGGUUACUCUGUGGCCUUCUUCCCAAGGUUCUCCCCACCAUCAUGGCCAAGAUUUUUGGAGGGGGCCUCUCUCGAGGAGGCCCUUCAGCCGGCAGUGGGGUGAGCAAAGUCAUUGCAGGGAGCUGCGCUUUUCACUAUUUUUUUCGAAAGGGCCUAUUGGAUUCAUACGAUGCAAGCUUUGCUUUUUGGGGGGAUGGGAAUUCUUUUUUUACAACAGAAUAAAAAAACACAUUUAUAAUUGUAUACAUGUUAAAAAACAAAUAACUAGAUCACAAUACAAAUAUCAAGUAUCUGUGAUAUUACAAUGGAUGAGAUAUAGUUUAUGUUUUAAUAUACAGUUUACGUUAUAAAAUAUAUUUUUUUAAGAGACUUGGUUUGUUUUUUGCAUUUUAACCGCUGGAAUUGAAUUAAAACGCAGCAGUUGCCUUUGCAGGUUCACACGCAAACUUGAACAUAAUGAACUUUUACUUUCCGUUUCGAUUUUCCAACUUGGCCAUUGUAAAGCAGCUUAAACGCUAAAACAUUUCGCCCACCCCCCAAUUUGCUAUCAAAUGCAGUUGUAGUAGUCAAUUAGUUUGGCUUGCAAAGAGACUUCUUGGCGUUUUGUUGCUCCACGUUUCAGGAAAAACAAUGGGGGAUCGGUAACGUUUUCGUUUAAACGUUUUAAUAUACCGUACUUAUAUACCAUACUUCUUUAUUUUUAACAUGUCUUUGCAAUUGUGUUCUAGCAAACGCAAUAAACACCACAAAACCCCGCGACUUGGUAUGACGUUUACUUGCUUCUCAAAAAGAACAAAAAUAUAUAGCUUUUUUUUGCCAGAACAGCAGAUAAUUAGUGUUUGACACCAAACACUUUUACAGACGAGAAUUCCUAUAACAGCAAACAGAAGAUACACCACAUUGAGUAUUACAUACUCAUCAACGUCACCACUGUACACAGACUAUCUCACUUUAAAAAUAGCAAAAUAGGCGAUAUGAUGGUGCCCCAAUUUUUUUCAUUGUACACAAAUCCAUCAAUGCUUUUUUUUGUGUAUCCCUCACCCCUCGUUUUGUAUUUCAUUUACAAAAAAAAAGAGUCAACUACACAACAAACAGCUACGGUUAUGGGUUCGGUGUGUGUGUGUGGUUGGUGGAAGGAGCGUGUGGAAUCGAUCAGUUGGGCAAGGGGGGUUGUUGUUGUUGUUUGUUUGGUAAAAUUUUUAUGUACAAAAAAAAGGAAGGUAGGAAGCAUGCGAAUCCCAAAGGGGAUGUUACCACCCUGGGAAGGUCCAAACACGUCCGAAAGUGCAUUAGUUGCGUUGUUGGGGGGGGGGGGGGAGACACGAGCGAGUCAAUUUACAUUCAUGGUAACACGCACGGAUAACGGCAACCUUCAAAGCCAGCGUUCAUGGAGCUUCACUUUACGUUUCCGAGAAAGUUAUUCACAAAGCGACAGAAUAAACAAAUAGUAACUCCCGGGUCUCCCAGUACUUCUCUCCCGUUUUUCUCUCUCUCUCUCUGCGGUAAACACUUCUGCGGCCGUCUGGAACGCUCUUCCUUCCGAUACGAGGA